AUGGCGUCAGCUACUGUGGUGAAUCACUUCACCACACCUCGUACCAAUUCUAUGUCCAGUGCACGACUGACCAACACACCAAUUACAAACACAUUACCACUAUCUCGUAUGACUAAUCGUACAAGUAGCAUGAUGGACAUCGUCAAUGUUGACGAUGACAUCACUCACACUGUUGCAAACCUUUUAGAUGUGAACAGAGAUAUAGAAGACUAUGAGGAACUUGUGGAAAAUGUGGGCAAGACACUCCAGGCCGAACGUAAUCUUUGGAAACAACGACUGAAUGCAGCAAUGCAGGAAAUUGACCGACAGCAUAAAAUCAUUCUCAGCCAUGGUGCCAUGAUGCAAGAACUGCAAUCACUACUAUAUAUUGAACCUCCCAAGAACUCUAAACCAGAGCAGAUUCUUGAGGAUGAAGUAUUAGAGGACACACAGUCAUCAGACGCUGUGAUGCAAGACCUUAAGUCCAAGAUAAAACAUUUAAAACAGUUGGCAGGUGUCACUGAUGAUAUACUACCAAAGGAUCCAAAGGACAAAAUGGCCAAGUACUCUGAACUGGAUUUCAAAUAUUUGAAAAAUGCAAUUGCUAACCUCCAUUGGGAGAAAGACUCACUUCAAUCUAAGAUUGAUGAAAGAGACAAUGAGAUAUUGUGGCUAAAAGGUGAACUCCAAAACACCACGGCACAGCUGACCAAAAUGCAGGAUAUUGUAACUUCAUACAAUGCUUCUCAUGCAGGAAUUGGCUUCCAUUUAGAAAAUAUGGAAAGUGAUGAUGUGUCGGAAAUAGAAAAAUCUUCACGUCAAACCUCCAAGCAACAGACUUCAAAAUGUACACCAAGCACCAAGGAAAGGCGAUAUGUUGAAGGAGAUCAAAUCUUGUCUUAUCCUGUCGGCAAAGAAGAAGUAGCUUUCUGGAAGACAAGAUUAAAGGCCAAUGUUUACUCAAACAAGGGAGGUAACUCUAGAACAGGUGUGGCUCAAUGUCUUCGUUGUAACCGGCUUUUCAAACCAUCUGAUAACAACAGUAAAGCAUGCAUGUUUCACAGCAAAGGGAGAGAAAUCAAAGAGAUUUAUGGUGAUAAUGGCAAAAUACUUAACGUGAACUAUAAGUGGGCAUGUUGUAAAAAGGGUCUGGAGAGUAAAGGUUGCAGUCAUGGUUUCCAUAUAUAA